CUAUCUGUCUUUAAGAUUGGGAGGAAGCCACUGAAAUGAAGACAGAGUUUUCCCAGGUGUACGUUACUUGUGUCAAAUCCUGGUAUUCGACACAAAUCAAUGGGGCGUCAAUCAAAAGAAAAGUGAAAGUGAAAGUUAUCCACCUACUAGCAGUCGGUUAGCAAGAAGUGGGCUGUAACACAAAAAUACACGGAUCUGAUUCAGCCUCUUACAGUCUGACCCACCAUCAAAGAAAAAUGAAGGAUGUGGUUUCAUGUGGAUUAUUCAUCAUUUUUCUCAAUUUGGUUCUGUGUUCGGUACUGUGGACUGGGCUGGCGCUGCUUAAGUGCUCCAGCUGUGGGGGACUGGCAGGACUCUGGGCCUUUGGGGCAGUAAAAUGGGUCUUUCUCCAUGUUUUCGCCUCAGUACUGACUGAUGGAAAGCCCAGGACUGUGCUCCGUAGGUUCGUAGCUCUCCUCUGCCUACUCUCUCCUGUAUUUGAAACCGGACGGAUGCUUAUGAAACCCUCCUCGGAGCAUUACACGGAGCCAGCUCCUGACCUCAGCAUGCUGCUUUUGGGCGCAGUGUCGUCAUCAGUGGCUUGUGUUGUCUGGGAAAAAGGCUUCAGUGGGAAUGAGAAGAUGAGAAAGGACAGCAACAAACUGGAUUAUAAGCGUUUGUUGAUGAGGGUGCUGACAUUUUUCAAAGCAGACACACUUCGUCUGAUUGCAGCUUUUAGUUUUCUUAUCGUAGCGGUCUACUGUGAUACUUAUAUCCCUUUAUAUCAAGGGCAAUUUAUUGAUAUACUCAGUGGCCGAUUGACUCAAACCAGCCUGAUUUUUGCCACCGGACAGCUGGUGCUCUUCUCUUUUGGAAGUGCUCUGUUCUCCGGGUUGAGAGGAGGUGUGUUUAUGAACACGUUGGCCAGACUGAACAAGAGGGUGAAACACCUGCUGUUUCACAGCCUCCUGCAGCAGGAGGUGCACUUCUUUGAGGAGAACAACCCAGGAAAACUCGCCUCCCGCCUGCACAGUGACGUCGACAGGAUGGGUCGCACUGUAGCGCUGAACGCGAACGCUGUGGUUCGGAGCACAGUUAAAACCUGUCUGAUGUUCAGAGUGAUGUUUGGCCUGUCCUGGGAGCUCACCCUGCUCACCUGCAUAGAGAUGCCGCUCCUGGCCAUAGUCCAAAACAAAUACAUCUCCAUGACCAAGGAUCUGAAGGAUCAGACUCAGGAAUGCCACGCUCAGAACAAAGAUCUGGCUUCGCAGACGAUCGGCGGUAUUCAGACAGUCCGCAGCUUCAGUGCAGAGGAAGGCGAAAUGAGGAGGUAUCAACAAUCUCUGGACCAGUUGGGCGCCAUCAGGAGACGUUUAGGAAUCUACAGCUCCAUCUUCUGCCUCAUACGGAGGGCGGUGAGUCUAGGGAUAAAAGUAGUGAUGCUGAUUCUGGCCCGCAGACUCAUCUCCUCUGGCCAGCUCACCAUCGGUAGUCUGGUCUCCUUUUUACUUUACCAGAAGCCCAUGUCAAACAAUCUAAGGGAAAUUAUGUAUUGCUAUGGAGAGACGAUGUCCACAGUUGGAGUCAUUUCCAAAGUGCUGAGCUAUCUGGACAGGACACCGAAGUGUCAGAAGGAGGGAGACUUGGCUCCUGAGCAGCUGGAGGGCAGAAUCAUUUUCCAAAAUGUGACCUUCAGUUAUCCCUCUGCUCCAGAUAAACCGGCCCUGAGGUCUAUAUCAAUGGAGCUGCAGCCAAGGAAGAUCACAGCCUUGGUCGGGCCCUCGGGCAGUGGAAAGACUUCAUGCGUCAGCCUCCUGAAGAGGCUGUAUGAACCUCAGCAGGGUCAGAUCCUGCUGGAUGGAGAGCCGCUCCACCAUUACAAGCAGAAAUACCUCCACCAGAAGAUAGCCCUGGUUUCCCAGAAUCCUGUGCUGUUUUCGGGGUCUCUGAGGUACAAUAUUGAAUAUGGGCUGAAGGACUGCACUAUUGAGAAGAUAGAAGAAGUUGCAAACAGGAUCAAAGCACACAACUUCUUAUCUGAGAUGGAGGAUGGAUAUGACACAGAUGUUGGAGAACGUGGAGGAAAACUUGCAGAGGGACAUAAACAGAGCAUCGCCAUCAUCAGAGCGCUGGUUCGAGAUCCACAGGUCAUCAUACUGGAUGAAGCUACCAGCAAACUGGAUGUUAACACACAGCAUGAUGUGCUGCAGGAUAUUCUGGCUUGCGGACGGACCGUUCUGGUUGUGGCCCAUCAGCUGAGCACCGUGGAAAAGGCAGACCACAUCAUCUUCAUGGAGAAGGGCUCAGUGGUGGAGGAGGGGACGCACAAUGAACUCAUGGCCAAGGAAGGACGCUACCAUCGUCUGAAGGAGGAGCUGUUCGAUAGAAGCAGCUGAAGAAAGGCUCUUUGUUCCUGACAUUUUUGUAAUUUUUGUACAGAUCAUCCGCCUCUUCUCAUCAUGUUCAUUACCCCCGCCAAGACGGAGGUCGUGUAUUCAGCAGCGUUGGUCUGUCUGUUAGCAACAUAACUCAAAAAGUUAUGGAUGGAUUUUGAUAAAAUUUUCAGGAAACUUCAGAAAUGGACUAAGAAACAACUGGUUAGAUUUUGAAGGGUGAUCCAGAUCACCGCCCAGAUCCAGGAAUUUUUUUUAAAGGAUUCUUUACUAUGAGGAGAUAAAGAUAAUUUUGCCAUUGAAGCUUGUAACUCAAAAAUAAUGUCCACAAUCAUUGGCAAAAAAAUUACUACUUGUGGAGGUCUGCGCUCUCUGAGUGCUUCUAGUUAUGAAUUUUUUUUACACAGCCUGUAUUUUAUAAGGGAUGGAGGUGGUGAAACUACAGGAGUUUUACAGUAAUAAAUCUCAGUUAUGUUUAACAUCUUUUGUGUGUUAAAGUGCACUUAUUAAAAUAGUUUUUAAUGUAAAAGAAAACACUGAUGUACUUUACCACCACAAAUGUAUUAAAAUUGAGUAAUUUGUCAUUAAAUGAAUAUUAAAGGUCAAGUUUACAAGUCUUUAAACUAGAUCAU